GGAAGCUCACGUGGCCUUGGUUUUCUUCGGCGAAAGACGCGAACGGAGAACCGAGCGGGGGGGGGAGGGGCGGCGAAACGGGUCUCCCGGCGGGGCGCCCAGCAAGCCAGCCUCCAGCUAUGGCGAUCCUGUUUGCUGUUGUAGCCCGGGGCUCCACCAUCCUGGCCAAGCAUGCAUGGUGUGGAGGGAACUUCCUGGAGGUUACCGAGCAGAUCCUGGCCAAGAUACCUUCCGAAAACAACAAGCUCACUUACUCGCACGGAAAUUACCUGUUCCACUACAUCUGUCAGGACCGGAUUAUAUACCUCUGCAUCACAGAUGAUAACUUCGAGCGUUCCCGGGCUUUCACGUUUCUGAACGAAAUUAAGAAGAGGUUUCAAACCACCUAUGGAUCUCGAGCACAGACCGCACUGCCCUACGCCAUGAACAGCGAGUUCUCCAGUGUUUUGGCCGCGCAGCUGAAAUAUCACUCUGAGAACAAAGGUCCUGACCAGAUGGUAGAGACCCAGGCUCAGGUGGACGAACUCAAAGGGAUCAUGGUCCGUAAUAUAGAUCUCGUCGCUCAAAGAGGAGAAAAGCUGGAACUGCUGAUAGACAAAACAGAAAAUCUUGUGGAUUCGUCCGUCACUUUCAAAACAACCAGUAGGAACUUGGCCCGAGCAAUGUGCAUGAAGAACCUCAAGCUCACCAUCAUAGUUGCCAUCAUAUCCAUCGUCAUCAUUUACAUCAUUGUGUCAGCUGCCUGCGGGGGUCUCUCCUGGCCAAUCUGCGUGAAGAAAUAGCCGCCCGAGCCAAUCCAUCCCAUGAAAGCACACAACGCGCGCACAGGAAUGUAUGUCAUCGAAAUUGUGGACUUUUCACACUCUUCAUCCUUCCAGGACACUCAAGAGUCUUUUUUGCCUUAUCACCUUGUAAGGUAUGCUCCUUCAAAAACCCAGUGGAUGUUUUUCUCUCCCGAAACAGCAGGACUUCCGGUGAAGGGAGAGUGGAGGGCAAUGGACCAACGGGAGGUAUCUUUUAAGUAUUUGCAUCCUCAUGCUUUGCACUUUACUUGGUGGAGCAGGUUGGGGGGAGCUGAAGGCCCCGUAGACCUUAGUGGGGUUGGGAAGAGGUGAGUGGUGACCGCUGAAGUCGAACCGAGUUCUUGUUCACAGACCCGGCCCAGAGAUGCGAUCAGCUUUUUUUUUUUUUUACUAAAAACAGCUUUUUCCUGCAGUGCCUUUCUUAAAACUCAUGACAGGCUGUGGCUUUUUCUCCCUUCGAAGCUUCCUUUUGCAGCCCUUUCGCCGGGCGAGUGAAGAGGUUCUGCUUUGCAACUUGAGCGACUGGUAAAUGUAUAGUAUUAACGUUGCUGUAAACAUUGCUGCUAUUUCGUAAUUUUUUUUGUGUCUUGGGUUCGUCUUCUCGCCUGGUUUGGAAUGUCCUUUCCAACUGUAUGGUACUUCGCUCUGGCUUCAACUCCCGAGGUGUGUCUAAAAGAUGUUUUAGCGCCUCCAAAGGAUCACGCCCUGUGCAAGAUUUAGUGACUGCCCUCUUCUCUUUUGAGCAUGGUGGAGCAAUUGUGGCCUAGCUCAAAAAACACAAGAGGCAGGUGUUAUCCGAGUGGGAUUUCUCCCCAAGCUACUGAUUUCCAAGGGAAAAGUUAUAGAGAAGCAUGAAGUAUUUGAAAACCAAUUUUUAAUCUCAAACUGCCGUAAAUUACUUGUGAAAGACUUUAAACCUCCCCCUUCCCAUUCGUGCAUAAUGUAAAGGACAAAUCUUAAAAUAGGGAGAUUCUUAAAUCUUCACCCAGUUGUUGGCAUUUUAUGAUCUCAUCCUAGUUUUCCAAGGAGUCUCUGCUCGCUCUCCUCAGCAUACUGCAGAGAGUAAAACUGGUGCACCUAUCCUUGUUUCCUACAAGUCAUGGUCUUCCCCUUCAAAUGUCUUUGCAGGAACAAGCCAACACUGAAUUAACUGUGCAUGUUUUAAAAAAGAAAUGUCAAUAGCAGUGGUUAAUUUUCUAUCAUUUUGAAUGCCUUUAUGUAAACUGCUUCCUCCUCUUUUAAUAAAAUGAUGCACUGAUGCAUUAUUGUAAAAUAAAUUUAAAUCUCUUUAAAUAAAUGUACUUAACUGCAGACAAUUGAUAUUGGUUUUUUUUCUCGUCAAAUACCUUCUUGACAGCUACACUGCUUUUUUUUAAAUCCUGGAGAAACCGGGAUCCGAAAAGUAGAAAAAUGAAAUCAGUGGAUUUAUUUCAAAGCUUAUGCUGAGCUCUUAUCGAAGAACUUCCACAUUGCUAUGAGCUUCAUGUGGUGGCAGUAGCUCUUUGAGCUUGACUGCUGAGGUUGUGGCAGGUUGUACAGUACUUGGAUUGGAGACUCCAUCAGCUAGAAUGGGAAUGUCGGAAGGCAGCAGUGGCAAGCAAUUUCAGGACCAUUGCCACCAAACUGGAUAGAUGUAUUACCCCCAGGGCGAAAUAUAAAAGUGGUCCAAAGUGAUAUGGGGCCUCUGUGGCUCAGACUGCUAAGACAGUCUGUUAUUAACACAGCUGCUUGCAAUUACUGCAGGUUCUAGUCCCACUAGGUCUAAGGUUGACUCAGCCUUCCAUCCUUUAUAAGGUAGGUAAAAUGAGGACCCAGAUUGUUGGGGGCAAUAAGUUGACUUUGUAUAUAAAUAUACAAAUAGGAUGAAGAUUAUUGCUAACAUAGUGUAAGCCGCCCUGAGUCUUCGGAGAAGGGUGGGAUAUAAAUGCAAAUAAAUAAAAAUAAA